GCCAUCUUUAACAUGAUGGUGAUACUGAGACACCGAUAACAGAACACCUUUGUGCGCUUCAGACGACGUAUCGAGUGAUAUCUAGAAUCAGUGUAACAUGGACGCUGAGCAAUCACCCUUGUUUCCCCAGUUCGCUCUUCUCCCCGCAGAGCUGCGACUGCGCAUUUGGAGCUUCGCUGCUCCACGCAGGACGAUUCCUGUGCGGCUCAAGCAGGACCUAGACGCCUGGAACUGGGCAUCGAAUCUGGACUGGUGGAUGCACUACAAUGUAGUCCCCGACGGCCAGGGCCCAUCAGUUAUCCCGGCAGUGCUCCUGGUCAACACCGAGGCUCGGCGAGAAGCCAUCAAACAGUACCGCCAACCACUGCGGAUCGAGAGGGACCAUGUCAAACGGGGCAUUCGCAGAUCGAGGGAGCCAGAGCUGGACCAGAACCUGGACCAACAAUCAAGCAAGAGCUUCGACAAGAUGUGCGAUGCUUCGUCGGUGAAACCCUUCCACGAGUUUUGCGACGUCCUCGAGUGGGCCGAGACGUGGCGAUGGCACCGCGAUGCCAUGACCAACACAACGCCUUUGUUUCUUGGAGCAUGCCUCUCCGUUCGGCAUGUCAGCAUCGAGUACGCAUUGUGGAUGUUUGGUCACCUCGAAACGCUGGCAAAGGCUGCCAUGAGUAAGAGGCACCCCACCUCGCUCCAGACAAUCACCGUCACGAUCAACCAGCCAAGAGAGCGAAGACAAACACAGUACAGAUUGGCGAAGAGGCCAAGAGCCAGCCAACCUUAUCCGAGAACGAGUGUCAACACGGACCUUGGCAAGGACACGGUGGAGGAGGCCGAGGCAGCCAUAGCAAAAGCUGGCGCUGUUACUUUCGAUCCAGGCGCCACAGAGCCGCAAAACGAGUUUGCCUUGUUCCAAGUCACGAGACCAGCAGACCUCAACGACCGAGAAGUUGCUUCAGCGUGCCUGAACCAGCUCCGAAGCGAGUCAGAGCGGCUAUUUGAUGUAGCCUACCGCCUGUACACCGAAAGUAGUAGUGGCCAUGACGACACGAUCCCGGGGAGGCUGCUGAGUGAUGUGGCGGAGUGGUGCGAGAAACUCAACCUGCAGGCUGUGGAUCCAUUCUCUCGAGGCCUCAGUGUGGACUUUACUAUUCCCAGUCACGGCACCUGUAGCCCCGAGUAUGGCCUGCCAGGUGUAGCCGCGGAAGCGUGGAUGUCGCGAUGCUUGAGGCAGACGGAUUGGGACAAGGUCUGGGACCGGCGUGGGGCUCCCUCGGCCUCGUCUAUGUGAGAGAGAGCUAUCCAGGGAAGGGAUUUGUUGGCCGCCAGCCCACCGGAACUUUAUCGAUCAGGUGCAAAGACUAUUGUUGAUGACAACCAGCCCGAGUGUGGAUGUAAAUGAGACAAUGGCUAUGUGGCCCCGAGUGUGCUCAAGUACUGGGUGCAAUCCGUCUAUACGGGAAUCCCUUGCCAACGCACUUUUCCGUGGUCUGUCCAGCAUCAUGCUCUUCGAUCACGGCAGAGUCUGGCAGAGUCUGACUGGCUAUAGCACAAAGUCGUGGGCAGGGCUGACGUAGACGUGGAAGAGCAUUCCUCGAACUAAGCUCGGCUCGUUUGG